AUAAUGUUGUAGGAUGAGUAUGGAAAGUAAGAUAAGAGUCGACCCAUUACUGCUCCUGCUCUAGGUGAACUGCAUGCACAGAGCCAAAUCUGGAAGUGCAAGGUUUCAUAGUAAUGAUGUAAUUUCUUGAAAAGCCCUUUCGUCUCCACUUCAACUCUCCAAAUGGCGGAAACACCCAAAAUUCGUUUCGGCUUCAUCGGCUGCGCCCGAAUUGCACGCAGGGUUUCCCGUGCCGUGGCCCUCGCGCCCAACGCCGUCCUGCACGCCGUCGGAAGCCGCUCCAUCGACAAGGCCCGAGCCUUCGCCGCCGCCAACGGCUUCCCCGCCGCCGCCAAGGUGUACGGCUCCUAUGAGGCCGUCCUCGACGAUCCCGAGGUCGACGCCGUCUACCUGCCGCUCCCCACCAGCCUGCACGUGCGCUGGGCCGUGCUCGCCGCCAGCAAGAAGAAGCACGUGCUGCUUGAGAAGCCGGUUGCUCUUAAUGUUGCUGAGUUUGACGAGAUCAUCGCGGCGUGCGAAUCCAAUGGAGUGCAGCUCAUGGACGGUACCAUGUGGAUGCACCAUCCCCGCACCUCGAAGAUGAAGGAGUUUCUCUCCGACGUAAACCGUUUUGGUCAGCUCAGAUCGAUUCACUCCAAUUUUACAUUUAGGGCUAGUGCCAAUUUUCUUGAGAAUAACAUUCGUGUGAAGCCAGAUCUUGAUGCUCUUGGUGCUCUUGGCGAUGCAGGUUGGUACUGUCUUAGGGCAAUACUGUGGGCUGCCAACUAUGAACUACCAAAAACUGUAAUCGCCUCGCGCAACCCUGAGCGUAAUCAAGUUGGGGUGAUGUUGGCUUGUGGGGCUACUUUGUACUGGGAAGAUGGAAAAGCAGCAACCUUCUAUUGCUCCUUCUUGUCCAACAGGUCAACCGAUAUAACUGCUCUAGGGACAAAAGGAACGCUACAUGUUCAUGACUUCGUUCUCCCUUAUGAAGAAAAGGAAGCAUCAUUUUAUGCAGCUACAGAAUCAGGUGUUGAUGAAGCUGUUACAAAGUGGGUUCCACAGCCAAGCAAGCAUAUAAUAGAAACUGACAUACCUCAGGCGGCUCUUAUGGUAAAUGAGCNUGCCCGUUUGGUAGCAGAUAUCAAAUUCAAGAAAGCAAAACCCGAGAAGAAGUGGCCAACAAUUAGUAGGAAAACUCAACUCGUAGUAGAUGCUGUGAAGGCUUCAAUUGAUAGGGGUUUUGAGCCAGUGGAGAUUCAGGAGUGAGGUGUAUGAACUGAGUCACCAGUGUUUUAAGAUUAAGUCCAGCAUGGUGUACACGACUUUGGUGUUGUGCGUAUUAAGCUGAAGUUGUGUAGAAUGGCAUGACUAAGUGCAUUUGUUAUAAAUUGGAGUAUAAGAUUAGAGGGAGACCAUUCUUUCUUGUAGUUCGUGUUUCAUACUGAAAAGGAAAUCAUGUAGCUUAGAAACUGUUUGUGGGUUUCUUAUUCUUGAGGUGAUCGGCUUGCCAUUGCCAAGGAAACUGGCCGAAGGCUUGGGAUGGGAACAAACAGGUACCCAUCUUCUUCGUUGCUUAACAAGGAUGACUCUAAAUGACUCUCCUUUCCUGUUUA